AACUAUGAACAACAUUGCAUAAUUCAUUCUAAUACUCAUUGAUCAUAAAUAAUAAUUUCAUAACCCAAUCUUAAUUUUCUAUAUAUAUUAACCCAAUGGGACCAAUUUCAGAUUUCCCAUUAAUGUUCAUUCCACCAGCUAUGCCUUCUUCACCUUCUUCUCCUGAACUCGUUCACUCCGAACCUAAUCCCAAUCCCAUUCCCGAACCUGAGCCUAAUCCCGAAUCUAAUACCUCUCACAAUGCUCCAUCUUCUCCUCCACAAACCACCACAAACAAACCACCACCAACCGCCGCAGAAAUCGCGGCGCGAUAUAUUCUACAAUCCCCGCCGUUAUCUUUUGCGCCAAAACCACUGUCUACGUCGGAAGUUACGGCGGCGUUCGGCGUUAUCGACGAUCUUCCAUCGUUAACCGAUGAAGAACAGAAGCCACUGAGUUCGAUCUUAACUACUUCCUCCGGUGAUCAGUUUUCUGGAACCUCUUGGUGGAGUAAUCAGUUGGAAACUGGUAUCUCUGCUCUUGCUGAUCUUGCUGAUCUUGCUAAUCCUUCUGAUGAUGAUUUUGGUUAUCAAGGUUACUCGAUUCACACAAAUCUUGCUUCGUAUAAUAGCCGUAAACCUUUCGAAAUCGAUAAUGGCGGUUGGUCUCCCGUUGACUACGGUUAUAAUUUCAACAAUUUCUUUGCCACCGCGUCGUCGCCUAGGUCGCCUUCGUUGAAAUCGGUGGGAGCUGGAAUUACGAAUAUGGGAAACACAUGUUUUAUGAGUGCAAUUCUUCAGUGUUUUACACAUACAGUGCAAAUGUUUCUUGGUCUUCGUUAUUGCACUCAUGCAUCUUCAUGUGAUGUGGAAGGUUUCUGUGUUAUUUGUGCUUUCCGGGAUCACCUUGACGAUGCUUUGGAACGUUCUAGAUCUCCAAUUGUUCCAAGAGAGCUUGUUAAAAAUUUGAACUAUUUUUCAGCUGGUUUUGUAAUAGGUAACCAGGAGGAUGCACAUGAGUUUAUGCAAUAUGCUUUGAAUAAACUGAAAAGAGGCUUCCCAGUUGGAGAAGAAAAUCUAAUUGAUCAAAUAUUUGGGGGUCGUCUUGUUAGCAAACUUCGAUGUUGCUGCUGUGGUCACUCUUCUGAUAAAUUUGAGCCAUUGAUCGACAUGAGUUUAGAGAUAGAACAUGUGAGUACCAUUCAGCAGGCUCUGGAAUCUUUCACCAAGGUAGAAAAGAUGGAUGGAAAGUUUAUUUGUAGUGACUGCAACCAAGAAGUAACUAUGGAAAAACAGCUUAUGCUUGAUAAAGCUCCUUCAGUUGCAGCAUUUCAUUUGAAAAGGUUUCUAAAAGAUGGAGACUCAGUUAAAAAAAUUGAUAAAUAUGUCGAUUUCUCUAAGGAACUGGACCUGAAGCCUUAUACAUGUGGUAGUAGCAGUGGUGACAAUGUACUUUUGAAGUAUGAGCUAUAUGCUGUUGUCGAGCAUAGGGGACCUUCACCUAAUUCAGGGCACUAUUUUAGCUUUGUGCGUUCUGCUCCAGACAAAUGGUAUUUGAUGGAUGAUGAUAAGGUUUCUAGUGUUUCUGAAGAAGAAGUCCUGAAUCGUAAGGCAUACAUUCUGUUUUAUGCCCAACAAGGUACACCCUGGUUCUCUAGUAUUGUGGAAAAUGAAGAGACAGCUCCAAAAUCAAAAUAUUUACACAACAAAUAUGGUUUUGAUUGUGAUAAUAAUGGAGAAAAGGAUGAUAAUGACUCAACCGAUGCAAAUUAUGAUAACUGUGUGAGUGACAUGGAUGAAGAAUGUGAUUCCGGAAUGCAAGACGUUUCACCUUGAUCAAGAGCUAGUGUCAUGUUCAACAGAAGUUCAGUUAGUGGAGUGAGAGAAUUUGGUUAGUUUUAAGGUUCCCCAUCAUGUAAAAAUUGUUCAAUAGUAUCUCCUUUUCCCUGUUACAGAAAAAUUGUUUGUGUAGAUGAAUAUGAUUCCCAUACAGACUAAUGAAAGUCAUAGCGGUAACUCCGUGGAAUGUAGUUAUGGUCAAUGGUUUAAAUUUCA